CGUCUUACCGACAAAACGUCAAUUGUCGAUGUGUAAUUUAUUUUUAGUGUCAUUGGCUGUGGUAGUGUGAUUGGUUCUUGAAGUUAUAUUUUAAUAAAUUUCCUCACAAAAAGGAAACAGUUAUCAUGUCUCUUAUGAAGACCAAUAUGCUGGUGCGCUCGCUGAGCACAUCGUCGGCCGCAGCUCAGCUAGUGAAGGCCCCAGUACAAGUAUUCGGCAUUGAUGGCCGAUACGCUACAGCAUUAUAUUCUGCCGCUUCCAAAAGCAAAUCUUUGGACACCGUCGAAAAAGAACUUGUACAUUUCCAGAAAUCGAUUAAGACGGACCCGAAACUGAAGGAAUUUCUUUUGAACCCAGUUCUAAAGAGAAGUAUUAAGUCGGAAGCUCUUACGCAUUUGGCCUCUAAGACAAACAUGUCAACAAACACCGGUAACCUACUUAGUUUACUGGCCGAGAAUGGACGUCUUGGAAAACUUGAUGCUAUUAUCAAUGCCUUUAAGGUAAUUAUGGCCGCUCAUCGUGGUGAGGUCACCUGCAAAGUGAUAACUGCCAAACCAUUGGAUGCUGGUCAGAAACAGAACUUGGAAGCUGCACUUAAGAAAUUCCUCAAAGGAAAUGAGUCUCUGCAUCUAACUGCAUCUGUUGACCCCUCUUUGAUUGGAGGUAUGGUUGUGUCCAUUGGUGACAGAUAUGUGGACAUGAGUGUUGCUAGCAAAGUGAAGAAGUACUCCGAACUCAUCAGUACUGUUGCUUAAAACUAUAGACAACUAAGAAAUCAAUGUAGAAAUAAUUUAUUCCUGUAAAAAAUCAUACAUGAAAGUAAACUAAAUAAAAUGUA